CUCUCUCUCCACACAACGCAACACACCAACACGCACGUACAGAAACACCAUGUCUCUCACACGUGCAAACACGUAUCAACGUCUGCCCUCAGACCAUAAUGACCAAAGAAAAAAACUCAUCUUAUGGGCAUGCUCAAUCUUCUUACUCCUUUCACUUGCAACACUCUCAUGUUUUGUAACAAUAAAACUACAAGAACCCAACCCAAAGUCCACACCUUCUCAUAUUCCCCACUCCAUUGUCUCCAAAGCUAUUACCUCAGCCGCAGGCUCUUCCCCAAAAUCCCCAAAAGACCUCUUCCACCUCUCAGUCCAGCUCUCCAUCACCCACGCCCGCAAGGCCCUCACCCUCGCCUACGAUCCCACCGUUUCAGAUCAAAAGCUAGGAACCCACUCACCCUCUGGCAUGCACGAUUGCAUCGAGCUACUUGAUAGUAGCUUGAUGCAACUGUCCGACGUUGUGGACCCCAAAAGGAGCUCGACCUCCGACGACAUCAACACAUGGCUGAGCGCAGCCCUCACGAAUCAGGUCACAUGCAUCGAUGGACUGGAGAAUAUCCAAUCUCCCACAGCAACGGCCAUGAUGGAGCGAGCACGUAACCUGACUAAGCUCAUUAGUAAUUCACUUGCACUGUACAAAUCCGUAGUGGGCCAUGUGAAAUCCGGUGGGACCCGGAAAUUGCUAUCCGAUGGAUUCCCCGAGUGGGUAUCUGUGGCGGAUAGGAAGCUUCUAGAAGCUUCCGUGGAUGAACUCCGGCCACACGCUGUAGUGGCCAUGGAUGGGACUGGUACACAUGCAACUAUAAGUGAGGCGCUUCUAGCGGUUUCAGCGGCGGGAGAGGGGAGUGGCAGAACGGUAAUUCAUUUGAAAGCUGGGACCUAUAAUGAGGACGUGAAGAUUCCCGCCAAACAGAAGAAUGUCAUGCUAGUGGGAGAUGGGAAGGGCGUAACGGUUAUUACCGGUCAUAAAAAUGCCGAGGACGGCUCGAGCACCUUCGCUUCUGCAACUGUUGGCAUCACCGGCGAAGGCUUCAUAGCUCGUGACAUAACCUUCGUAAACAGUGCGGGCCCCAGCAAGAACCAAGCCGUAGCCCUACGCGUCGGAUCGGACCGAUCGGUGAUCUACCGUUGCUCCAUUCAAGGUUACCAGGACACACUCUACACUCUAUCCAACCGUCAAUUCUACCGGGAAACUGACAUCUACGGCACCGUCGACUUCAUCUUUGGAAAUUCGGCCGUCGUCUUUCAAUCUUGCAACAUCAACGCCAUUAAAUCUGGAUCCGGCCAGAAAAAUUACGUGACGGCUCAAGGCCGUAGCGAUGCAAAUCAGAACACUGGAAUCUCUAUCCAUAAUUGCAGGAUCUCAGGGACGGCUGAUACUUAUCUUGGUAGGCCAUGGAAACAGUAUUCAAGGACUGUGAUCAUGCAAUCUUCAUUGAGUGGUAUCAAUUCAGCUGGAUGGCACCCUUGGAGUGGGAGUUUUGCCCUCAAGACAUUGUAUUAUGCUGAGUACAUGAAUUCGGGUCCUAGUUCGUCCACUUCGGGUCGGGUCGGGUGGCCCGGUUAUCACUCAUCGAUCAGCGCAUCUGAAGCGUCCAAAUUCACUGUCGCUGGGUUUAUCUCCGGCAACCAAUGGUUGCCAUCCACUGGUGUCCCGUUCGACGCCGGACUCUAGCUAUGAUGCAUAGAAGGUGGUUUGUAAGUGGGACAGAUGGUCCAUAUCGUGUUAUCGGGUAGGUUCCGUACGUGAGGUACGCGGGAUGUGUAAAUGUGUGUAUACGUGCCAUACGUGUGCUUUGUUAUUUCCAUUGUGCAUGCACGUGCCCCUGCAAGUAGGGAUGCGCGCACCAGAUAAAUGUUUGUACGUGUGGGAAUUAUAUGAUCCAACUGUUAAUAAUAUCGCAUGUUUCUUCAGAUCUAA